GAGGGGAGCGGGCGGGGGAGGAAGAGAGUUGAGGCCGGAGUGGAUGGAAGGGGACCGGGGUUUCUGCCGCGCAGGGAGCCGCGAGCCAGGGCGAUGGCGCUAAGGACGGCGCGGAGCAGCUGCGCUCCCGGGAACGCGUCUCCUCGCGGAGGACCCGCCAGCGUCGGGAAGGUCUGCGCGAAGAGAGACCAACUUGUGGCUCCAAAAUGCACCCGACGCAGCUGGAAAUGAGAUCAAAGCUGCAGUUUCCUUCGAGAAGGAGGCGAGGAGCCCGCGAUUAGGGAUUUAACAAAAUUCUCAACCUCCUUCGUUCCGUUUUCUAUUUUCCUUUUUUUCUUUCCUUAUUAUUACGAUUUCUAAAUUUGCCUCACACCCCGUCGGUCCCCCUCACUUCGCCUUGCCCGUUUGAAAUAAAAGCCCAGUUUGAACUUCUUUCGCCGCGGCGCCCCCGGAUGCGCUGCCCGCUGAUGGAGGAGAAGGGGACCCCGGGGCUGGCGGGGGCCACCGGCGAGGGACCGCGUCACGCGUCUCCCCCGUGAUCCCGGCGCUGAUCGCGGAGUUCUGCAACACCUGGAGGACCUGGACCGGGUGCCGGGGGUGGGGGCGGGGACAGAGGAAACGAAAGCCACCCCGAGCCUUAAAAAAAAGAAGAAGAAAAAAAAAAGUAGCGGGGGGGGGGGAGAGGAAUGGGUUUCUUCUUGACAGCUGACGGAGCCUUGAAAUUUUCCUCCACUACCCCCGCCCCCGCCCCCCGCACUCCAUUUAACGUGAGAUUAUGAAAUUGCAGAGGCGGUGGAGGGAAGGAGACAGGAUAUAACAGGGAGUUUGGAGGGAGAGGGGAAGGUGGCUGGCCGGGUGGCUGAAAUCAAAAAUCCAAUUGCGCACUGGGUUGUGAUGAGAAAUCUAAUCAGAUCUUUGGAGAAGGGGCCGGCCGGAAGGGUGGCGAGUGGGGGGAGUUGAUCCCCAAAUUCUUCGAAGGGGGAGGAAGGGGUGAGGAAUCAAUGAUGUAAAAGGAGACUUUUUCGGUGGCGGUGGCGGUUGGGUGCCUUGCAAAAAUGAAGGAUGCGGGACGCAGCUCUCUCUUGGAACCGAACGCCGUGGAUAAACUGAUUGUGCAAGAGAAAAGGAAGGAGGAAGCUUUUCCUUGUGAGACCUGGAUCUUAACACAAAUGUGUAUAUGUGCCCACAGGCAGCCUUGAAAAAUGAAAUAAACCAGUGUCGGACCCACGGGGCUUGGUGUGUUCUGACAUAAAUAAGUAAUAAUAAAACAGCUGCCCCCCCCCCUCCCCAAAGGAUGAUUGGAAAUGGAGAACGGCGGAUCCACAAAGAAAAAGUAUGUUCGUUUUUCUCUAUAAAGGAGAAAGUAAGCCAAGGAGAUAUUUUUGGAAUUGAAAGUUUGGGGCUUUUUUUUUUUUAGGAAAGUAAAGACCUGCUAUGGUGGUGUUUUCUCUUCUUUUUGAAUUUCCCACAAGAGGAGAGGGAAUUAAUAAUACAUCUGCAAAGAAAUUUCGGAGAAGAAAAGUUGACCGCGGCAGAAUGAGGCAUUGACUGGGGGAGACAAACCAGCAGAGAGCACAGUUGGAUUUGUGCCUAUGUUGACUAAAAUUGAUGGAUAAUUGCAGUUGGAUUUUUCUUCAUCAACCUCCCCCCCACCUUUUUUUUUUUUUCUUUCUUUCUUUCUUUUUGGUGUCAAGAUCAUGCGUUUUCGCUUGUUCUUAACCACCUGGAUUUCCAUCUGGAUGUUGCUGUGAUCAGUCUGAAAUACAGCUAUAUGGAAUCUUAACAUCAUCUAGUCCAAUCACGUCAUUUUGCAGAUGAGGAAACAGGCUGAGAGAGAGGGGACUUGCCCAGAGUUACUCAGCUAGUCAGUAACAGACAACAGUGGAGCUUGGGAUUGGCAAACACGUUGCCUGUUUACAGCAUAGAGACCACAAUGGAGAGCUAGCUUAGAAACAGCCUUCAUGUUCCCAGCCUGACACCAGAGAUGACUCUCCUUGGGAUCCACUUCUCUUACUAUUUGAACUCCAGAAGGACCAACACCAGAUAAAUUAUGAAUGUUGAACAAGAUGACCUUACAUCCACAGCAGAUAAUGAUAGGUCCUAGGUUUAACAGGGCCCUAUUCGACCCCCUGCUUGUGGUGCUGCUGGCUCUUCAACUUCUUGUGGUGGCUGGUCUGGUGCGGGCUCAAACCUGCCCUUCUGUCUGCUCCUGCAGCAACCAGUUCAGCAAGGUGAUUUGCGUCCGGAAAAACCUACGUGAGGUUCCAGAUGGCAUCUCCACCAACACUCGACUGCUGAACCUCCAUGAGAACCAAAUCCAGAUCAUCAAAGUGAAUAGCUUCAAGCACUUGAGGCACCUGGAAAUCCUACAAUUGAGUAGGAAUCAUAUUAGAACAAUUGAAAUCGGGGCCUUCAAUGGUCUGGCAAACCUCAAUACUCUGGAACUCUUUGACAAUCGUCUUACCACCAUCCCAAAUGGAGCUUUUGUAUAUUUGUCUAAACUGAAGGAGCUCUGGUUGAGAAACAACCCCAUUGAAAGCAUUCCUUCUUACGCUUUUAACAGAAUCCCCUCUUUGCGCCGACUGGACUUAGGGGAAUUGAAAAGGCUUUCAUACAUCUCAGAAGGUGCCUUUGAAGGUCUGUCCAACUUGAGAUAUUUGAACCUUGCCAUGUGCAACCUCCGUGAAAUCCCUAACCUUACACCUCUCAUAAAACUAGAUGAGCUGGAUCUUUCUGGGAAUCACUUGUCGGCCAUCAGGCCUGGCUCUUUCCAGGGACUGAUGCACCUUCAAAAACUGUGGAUGAUACAGUCCCAGAUUCAAGUGAUCGAACGGAAUGCCUUUGAUAACCUUCAGUCACUAGUGGAGAUAAACUUGGCACACAACAAUCUAACAUUACUGCCUCAUGACCUCUUCACACCCUUGCAUCAUCUAGAGCGGAUACAUUUACAUCACAACCCUUGGAACUGUAACUGUGACAUACUUUGGCUCAGCUGGUGGAUAAAAGACAUGGCCCCCUCCAACACAGCUUGUUGUGCUCGAUGUAACACCCCUCCCAAUCUGAAAGGGAGGUACAUCGGGGAGCUUGACCAGAAUUAUUUCACAUGCUAUGCUCCUGUGAUUGUGGAGCCCCCAGCUGACCUCAAUGUCACUGAGGGCAUGGCAGCUGAGUUGAAAUGUCGGGCCUCCACGUCCCUGACCUCUGUAUCGUGGAUUACUCCAAAUGGAACAGUCAUGACACAUGGGGCAUACAAAGUGAGGAUAGCUGUGCUCAGUGACGGCACAUUAAAUUUCACGAAUGUAACCGUACAAGAUACAGGCAUGUACACAUGUAUGGUGAGUAAUUCCGUUGGAAAUACCACUGCUUCAGCCACCCUGAAUGUUACUGCAGCAACCACUACUCCCUUCUCUUACUUUUCAACCGUCACAGUAGAGACUAUGGAACCUUCUCAGGAUGAGGCACGGACCACAGAUAACAACGUGGGCCCCACUCCAGUGAUCGACUGGGAGACCACCAACGUGACCACCUCUCUCACGCCACAGAGCACAAGGUCAACAGAAAAAACAUUCACCAUCCCAGUGACCGAUAUAAACAGUGGGAUCCCAGGAAUUGAUGAGGUCAUGAAGACCACCAAAAUCAUCAUUGGCUGUUUUGUGGCCAUCACACUCAUGGCUGCAGUGAUGCUGGUCAUUUUCUACAAGAUGAGGAAGCAGCACCAUCGGCAAAACCAUCACGCCCCUACAAGAACUGUUGAAAUCAUUAAUGUGGAUGAUGAGAUUACAGGAGACACACCCAUGGAAAGCCACCUGCCCAUGCCUGCUAUUGAGCAUGAGCACCUAAAUCACUAUAACUCUUACAAAUCUCCCUUCAACCACACAACAACAGUUAACACAAUAAAUUCAAUACACAGUUCAGUGCAUGAACCGUUAUUGAUCCGAAUGAACUCUAAAGACAAUGUACAAGAGACUCAAAUCUAAAACAUUUACAGAGUUACAGAAAACAAACAAUAAAAAAAAGACAGUUUAUUAAAAAUGACACAAAUGACUGGGCUAAAUCUACUGUUUCAAAAAAGUGUCUUUACAAAAAAAACAAAAAAGAAAAGAAAUUUAUUUAUUAAAAAUUCUAUUGUGAUCUAAAGCAGACAAAAUUAUGUGUAUUCCUCAGAACCUGUUUUUGCUGCACUUAUUUACUAUUUUCCCACAUUUCAUCCCUGCCUACCCUGGUUGCCAUAUUUUUCAUAGGACAUCUCAAGUCCCUAAAGAACUGGCCUAGGAAAUUUUGUAAGAAUUCUGUUACACUUUGAGAUUUUUAUGGUGUAUUCUAGUGGUGAGAUCCAGUCUAUUUUGUCUUUCUUUCUUUUUUUCCCCCUUUCCUUUUUUUUUCCUCAUGCCCUUAUCAAGUAGUCCAAUGGGGAAUGCAAUAUUAGAAAUAGAUUUUUAAGAGAGAACGAGAUAAAAAAAAUGCAAGAUCUUAUAUUUUCAUGUAAUGACCUGUUCUGUAUUUAUGAGGAGAACCAUUCAAUGGCCAAGCAAAAAGAAAAAAAAAAAAAGAAAAAAAAAAAAAGAAAAAAAAAAGAAAAAAAAAACGUAAGCAAACAGAUUAAUUUACAUAUGAGCAUCUAUAAAACCCAUGAUCUUUUAAACAACUCUAGAACCAGAAUUUGUAGUUCAAAAACUAAAAAAAAUAAGGUUAUAAAUAAAAUAUUGUUGGUUUUUCUGUACCUGGACACAACUCAUUUGUAGUAUGGCUCAAAUGUGAGAAACUUGAAGGUAAUUAGAUUUUCUACUUUCUAAGAAAGAAACAAAUUAUUGUAUUCUUCAGUCACAGCAUCAAUCUCUAUGGGGUCCUAUUUCAUUAGCUGACUUGAGUGUUGGAUCUAUAUUCAGGGAUGCUGUGGUAUUUUUUUUUCCUUCUCAUUAGGAUCACCCUUUGUAGAAUGCUCAGAUUAAAAAAAUAAUGAUUUUGUGAAGUAAAUUCAAUUCCACUUGGAAGAAAGUUUCAGUAUAAUUUAUUCACUGUCUCCUAAGUAAAAUUCUACUGGCUAGCUAAAGUAUAACAAGAGAAUGUGAAGGUAUUCUAAAUUAUCCAAGUUGAAAAAUAAUUUUUGGUGCUAUCAGCAAAUUCCAUUCAAUUCCACAAUAAUUAUUAAUGCCCUUCUAUGUUUUAAACACUGAUCUUAGUGCCGUGGGUACAAAAUGGACAAGACCUGCUUCUUGUCCUUAAGUCACACAUGAUCUGUAUGAAAUAUGAUUAAAGAAAUUUCAGCUUA